AUGGGUGUGAAGGUUGCCAUAGGAGAAAAAAUGUUGCCAUGCAUAGCCAUGAUCAUAAUUGAAGCUUGCACCAUUUUCUUGACAAUUAUGGCGAGUACCGCCAUGUCGAAGCUAGGGAUGAGUUCUUUUGUAUUCGUGGUUUAUACAAAUGCUCUUAGCUUUAUCCUUCUCAUUCCAUACUCCUUCCUUUUCCACAUAAAAGACAAGACGGAGGAACCAUUAUUCACGUUUUCCCUUCUUUCGCGUGCCUUCUUCCUUGGUUUAGUAGGGGUAACAAUAUCUCAGAACCUUGCAUUUGCGGGACUAAGAUAUAGUUCUCCAAUAGUAGCAUGUGGUGCAGCCAACAUGAUACCAGCCUUUUCUUUCAUUAUUGCCAAUAUCCUCAGAUUCCCUUUUUUGGAAUCUAUUGAUGGGCCAUACUUUUGGAACGGAUGUAAUUGGUUGCACCCACAUGUGAUGAAAAUAACUUGUCUUUAUACCUUGUUUGGAACCAUCCAAUCUGCACUACUUGCUCUAUUUAUGGAAAAAGAUCUUAGUAUUUGGAGACUUAAGCUUGACUUUGAACUGCUUGUCAUUGUUUUAACUGCAAUUUUCGGGAGUUUAGUACGUAGCAGCGUCCAGAUGUGGUGCACACGUUUGAAAGGGCCUUCGUAUACUCUCUUUUUCAAGCCUGUGGGAGUUCCAGUUGCCAGCACUUGUGGUUGUGUACUCUUUGCUGCUACUUUCCACUAUGGAAGCAUGUUGAGUGCAUGCAUAUGUGGACUUGGUUAUUACACUACGCUAUGGGAACAACUCAAAGAAGACGACACAAAGAAAGACAUGAAAAGCAACGAGUCUGUUUCUGAUGAAAAAGUCCCUCUUCUGCAAGAAAAACAAGAAGGAGAUUCACAGGUCUAG